AUGCUGGUGGUCCUGCUUACAGCAGCCUUGUUGGCCUUGAGCUCAGUUCAGAGAGUAAAUGCAGCGAUCAUCAAUGAAGACUCUUCUUCUCAACUCUUGGAGGAAGAUCAAAAAAGCCAGGACAAUGGUCAACAGCAACUGAGUGAUGACGAAGGUGAUGAAGAACCUGAAGAACCUGGAGAUGAUGGGGAUGGCGAUGAAGGAGAAAACCCACCAGAGAAACCACCACAUCAUCCUCGCCCUCCUAAACCUGGAAAGCCACAUGGUCCUCCCCCACCUAAACCUGAAAAACCAGAAGGCCCACCUGAGGAGGGAGAUGAGGAGAAACGUUCAGGUGAGGGUGCCGAUGGAGAAGAAAAUCCACCAGAGAAACCACCACAUCAUCCUCGUCCUCCUAAACCUGGAAAACCACAUGGCCCUCCCCCCCCUAAACCUGAAAAACCAGAAGGUCCACCUGAGGAGGGCGAUGGCGGUGAUGAUGAUGGCGCCGGCAGUGAUGUGGACGGUGAUGAAGCGGCAAGUAAUCUCUUAAAAUUUUCUGCAUAA